CCGUCAGUUGCACGGGUGGGUGACUUGUGUGUAUCGUCGUAGCGAUCGUGUCUCUUCCGUUUCGCACAGAAAUAUACGGAGCGAGACGACGACGCCCCCCUCGAUGUGCGUUCGGUGAAGGAGAGCGAUGAACGGAAGGAAGAGCGAAUAAUAGCAGACGCAGAGACUGAGUGAGUGAAAUUAAACGUGCGAGCGAGAGAAAGAGAACGCGUGUGCGGUGCCUCACCCGAGACCGGCACGGAUGUCGUGCGGUUAAUCAUGCUAGUCCAGCGGCCAUGGGGAUUCGUGAUGUAGCUCAAUAUACCUAGCCUAACGUUAGCUUGGCAGAGAAACGCUCUCGUGUUGAUUGUCGUAUUAAAUUGGCCCAUAACAUCGAUGCGUCGCGUAACAACGGAUCUUGACCACGUCGAGUCGGCUGCGUCUACAUGUUCAUUGUCACACGUAGAAAGAAGUUCCGUCACUGUCUACCACAAAAAGUGCCUUUUAUCGACGAUAAACUCGGUGCUCGAGCCUCACGAUUGCACGGGCAAUGAAGAAGACGACUGCCAUGUGCCGCUGUCUUAUCUGCUAGUCCUGAUGAUCACGAUACAGCGAUCUUGCGACUGAUACGUACCUUCGUUUAAUCCUUCUAUCCGGAGCAAUGAAUCGGCCGAAAGGAGCGUAUCGCAGCUGCUGUUAGACUUUGUCGCUGAAUAGUUAAAAGUUAGCAUAACCUAAAAGGAAAGAUGUCUCAGCAAAACACAAACACGGGCAAGCGUGGACGAGCACAAGGGGUCGCGAGCACCUCGGCGUCGGCUGUGUCCGCGUUGAGUAGCUCCACCGAUUUGGCGAGCCUGUUUGAGUGCCCGGUUUGCUUCGAUUAUGUGCUUCCACCCAUCUUACAAUGCCAGAGUGGGCAUCUUGUGUGCACAAAUUGCCGACCGAAACUUUCCUGCUGCCCUACUUGCAGAGGCCCGUUGGGUAAUAUACGUAACUUGGCGAUGGAAAAGGUGGCAAGUAACGUAAUGUUUCCCUGCAAGUAUUCCACCAGUGGCUGUACAGUUUCACUAGUGCAUACCGAGAAAGCUGAUCACGAGGAUACAUGCGAAUACCGUCCAUACAGUUGUCCUUGUCCAGGCGCGUCCUGUAAGUGGCAGGGAUCGCUGGAACAAGUAAUGCCUCAUCUAAUUAUGAGUCAUAAAAGUAUCACGACUCUACAAGGGGAAGACAUUGUUUUCUUGGCGACUGAUAUUAAUCUCCCUGGAGCUGUGGAUUGGGUGAUGAUGCAGUCUUGUUUCGGCCACUACUUUAUGCUAGUACUCGAGAAACAAGAGAAAUACGACGGACAUCAACAGUUCUUCGCGAUUGUACAAUUAAUCGGCUCGAGAAAGCAAGCGGAGAACUUUGCUUACAGACUAGAGUUAAAUGGGCAUAGAAGACGACUGACAUGGGAAGCGAUGCCGCGUUCUAUCCACGAGGGUGUGUCGUCUGCAAUUUUAAACUCUGACUGCCUUGUAUUUGACACCUCCAUUGCGCAACUGUUCGCUGACAAUGGAAACUUAGGAAUUAACGUUACAAUUUCUAUGGCAUGAAAAAAGCCAGAAAAAACGGUAUGAAGCGGGAGAAAAGAACAAACUAUGCCGACAUAUCGAGCAGUCUUCUAGAUGACGGGUACGCCGAAAGUACUCGGGGAUUGCCCGUUAUGCGCAGAUAACGGUUCUUUCUUAUGUUACCACAAAUGAAUAUUAACAGUACAAAGAUAUAAGGAAGCGUUCGAAGUGUGUUGGAUGACGCGAAGCAUUUGAAAUGCUCGGUACAGGACCGCGUGAGAAGCUUUAAAGUGUACUUGUAUGUGAUAUCAGCACUCACACGAUAAACACGUUUUCAGUAUAUCCAUGAUACGACUUUGAAGCUUUUACAUUCAGUACGACAUCUAAUUCCGAAAAAGAGUGUGUACCUGAUAUUUGCCGCGCGCCACCUUAUUCCCGUUCAUUUUGUAUGAACUUUUCAUCUUCGAGAAAUUUCUGACACCUUUUACUCGCGUUUCAACAUUUUUCAGUGUUUCUUAUGCGAAUCUUAAUUGCGAGAGUUUAGCCUAAUUGCUCGAAUAUAGCAUCUCACAAGUUUACACUGAAUCUCUAAUUAUCAUGUUUUAUUUGACGUCGAUACGUAUUUUUCUGUGUCUUCGUUCGUAAAAUUUAUUUCUUUUCUUUCGUAAAGUAAUACUUGUAAAAUAACGCUUCAUUCGUUGUUAAUUUCUCAUUAAGGGUCCUGUAUAUAUACGAGUCUUGUAUAUAAUGUGAUAGAUCUGGUUCUUGUUCAUAAACGCAGUAUAUCGUUUGAUUAUUCAACAACAGGAUGUAGAUAUAUGCUUUCCGCGAUUUUCUUACGCGUAGCAAUGAAAGGCAGAUCAGUUUCUCAGGAUAUAGUCGAAACGAGAUAUUAAUAUUUUUACAACAAUUGUAUCAGUGAAAAUAUUCAAUUGCAGCAAGGUUCCUGUAAGCAUGAUAUUAAAGAAAGUCAAGAGAGAUCAAAGUGAUUAAGUUGACAUUACAAAAAUACUCUCGGAAACAUUAUAUUGAAUUUUAUACUAUGUUGCAACAUUUGCUAACAUUGACAUCGGUGUAAGCUUAAUUUUAAAGACAAGAUUACAUGUUAUCGAUAUGCAUAGCGAAAAGGGAAACAUGUAUUAUAUUCGACAUCUAUCGUACUAAUAUAAAUCUCAAUGAACGUUUUCUCUUCUGCACAAAUUGCGUUAUCUUGCGUUGAUAUGCUAAGACAUAGCGUUCGAAAUUAUCGUUAAAAACUACCAACGAUGAAGAUUUUUUCUUGAUCUCUGUCAUUUAUGCUUCCCCGCGACACACCCUCCCAGAUAUGUCAGAAUUUUCCUUUGUAUUUUUGUUUCACGUAACAUUAAUAAACUUUAUAAAAGAAUAGGAUAAAUAU